AUGGCACGAGCUUUUGUGCUGUUGUGUGCCUCGGCUUUGCUAUGUCGUGUCCUGUCAGACACGCUGCAAGUGACAGCUGCAGAAGCGGCCACAUUUCAGUGCAUGAACCCACUGUUUCGAAUCCAAUGGUACACCGGUGCGAAUGACCUGGCGCAGCUGGAGCCACGGCCUGUUGUUCAUGACCGCUUGUUGAGAUGUGCCAGAUGGAACGGGAAGCCUUCUUGCUGCAAUACCAACCUUGAGCCAUUUCAGCUCGUAGUCUUCGAUGCGCACAGAGACCGUAUCGAGGCGGAGGUCCACGUACUCGAGCAGUACUUGGCAUCCAUGGUGAAGCUGCGCAGCUCGGAAGUCUAUGAAAAUGCACUUCAACUCGAGCAGCACCUGCUAGACAGGGCAGUUGAUGCUGUGCGCAGUGCGCUCGAGGAGGUGAAGCCCUGCGUUCUGCACUUGUUGGCCUUUGUGGCGGGCAUGACCUGCUUUAGUUGCCAGCCCGAUUGGGUGAACUAUGUUUGGCGAAAUGGGCUGGGUCAGGUUGUAGGUGUGAAUGUCGAUCCCAAUGCUUGCAUCUACGUGGACCGUGGAUGUGGGGCAUUCGGGCAUGCCGUACAGCAGGCAUACCUGCACAUGAUGGAGAGCCAGCUGGCGAAGAGCCCCAAAGAGUCGCUUCCAGACUUCUCCAUGUUCUUCAGCCGAGAAGCUCUCUGCAAAUGGCUGCGCGGCACUGUGGCUUUACAGCCCAUGGCGUUCAAGUCAAGCGUAUUAGCGAGGCGUCUGAGUCCAGAAGCAUCCAUUUCGGGUCUGUCAAGAGAGCUGUCUUCUGCAGUGGAGGCCGCCCCGUCGGCAAGUACGCCAUUGCCGGAAGCCGUGGUGCAGGCCACAGCCAUACCAACAUCCUUGCCGCUGCCACAGGCACCCACUGGUCCAUCUUCACCAGCACUCGCCUUUGAUCCAGCAAAGGAUGGGUUGGCCUCGGAUUUCCGCGUAGACUUCUCACCCGCAUAG